CGAGGCAGGGCCGCGCGCCGCGGGAAGCCAUGUCCCGCGCCGGGCUGCAAAGAUCCGUCAUCCUGUCGGCCUUCAUUGUGCUGCGAGCUGCCACCGGACUCUCUGGAGACGGAAGAGCUGUAUGGUCGAAAACUCCGAGUUUGAGCCCGGUAAAUGAAAGUCAGCUUUUUCUGUACGACACUUUCCCUAAAGACUUCUUCUGGGGUGCUGGGACGGGAGCAUUCCAAGUGGAAGGGAGUUCGGAGAAUGAUGGAAGAGGACCCUCCAUCUGGGAUCGUUUCGUCCACACGCACCUUCGAAACGGCGACAGCACGCAUGGUUGCAGCGACAGUUACGUGUUUCUGGAAAAAGACUUGUCAGCCCUGGAUUUUAUAGGAGUUUCUUUUUACCAGUUUUCCAUUUCCUGGCCAAGGCUCUUCCCCGACGGGGUAGUGGGAGUCGCCAACGCGCGGGGUCUGCGCUUCUACAACGCGCUCCUGGACGCGCUGGCGCAGAGGAACAUCGAGCCCGUCGUCACCUUGUACCACUGGGACCUGCCGUGGGCGCUGCAGGAGGAACACGGGGGCUGGAAAAACGAGACCCUAGUAGGGAUCUUCAAUGACUACGCCACGUACUGCUUCCAGACGUUUGGGGACCGCGUCAGAUACUGGAUCACAAUUCACAACCCGUACCUGGUCGCGUGGCACGGCUAUGGGACGGGCGCGCACGCCCCCGGGGAGACGGGAAACUUGGCGGCCGUCUACGCCGCGGGACACAACCUGCUCAAGGCUCAUUCAAAAGUUUGGCAUAACUACAACAUAAAUUUCCGCCCACAUCAGAAGGGUUGGUUAUCUAUCACGUUGGGAUCCCAUUGGAUUGAGCCAAACAGAUCAGAAAACAUGAUGGAUAUAGUCAAGUGCCAACAAUCCAUGGUUUCUGUGCUUGGCUGGUUCGCCCACCCUAUCCAUGGGGAGGGCGACUAUCCAGAGGAAAUGAAGACGAAAUUGCUCUCCAUCUUACCCCUUUUCUCUGAAGCAGAGAAGAAAGAGGUGAGAGGCACAGCUGACUUCUUUGCCUUCUCCUUUGGACCUAACAAUUUCAAGCCCCUAAACACCAUGGCUAAAAUGGGGCAAAAUGUGUCACUCAAUUUAAGAGAAGUGCUGAACUGGAUUAAACUGGAAUAUGACAACCCUCGGAUCUUGAUUGCUGAGAAUGGCUGGUUCACGGACAGUCACGUGAAAACGGAAGACACCACAGCCGUCUACAUGAUGAAGAAUUUCCUCAACCAGGUGCUUCAAGCAAUAAGGUUGGAUGAAAUCCAAGUGUUUGGUUAUACUGCCUGGUCUCUCCUGGAUGGCUUUGAAUGGCAAGAUGCUUACACUACCCGCCGAGGAUUAUUUUAUGUGGAUUUUAAUAGCAAACAGAAAGAAAGGAUACCCAAGUCUUCGGCGCAUUACUAUAAACAGAUCAUACGAGAAAAUGGUUUUGCUCUAAAAGAGUCCACGCCGGAUGUGCAGGGUCAGUUUCCCUGUGACUUCUCCUGGGGUAUCACUGAAUCUGUUCUUAAGCCCGAGGCCGUGGCUUCCUCCCCACAGUUCAGUGACCCUCACCUGUACGUGUGGAACGCCACCGGCAACAGACUGCUGCACCGAGUGGAAGGGGUGAGGCUGAAAACACGACCGGCUCAAUGCACAGAUUUUGUCAGCAUCAAAAAACAACUUGAGAUGCUGGCAAGAAUGAAAGUCACCCACUACCGGUUCGCUCUGGACUGGGCCUCCGUCCUUCCCACCGGCAACGUGUCCUCCGUGAACCGACAAGCGCUGAGGUACUACCGCUGUGUGGUCAGCGAGGGGCUGAGGCUCGGCGUGUCCCCGAUGAUCACGCUCUACCACCCGACCCACGCCCGCCUGGGCCUGCCCGCGCCGCUGCUGCACGGCGGCGGGUGGCUGAACGCGGCGACAGCCCGGGCUUUCCGGGCCUACGCCGGGCUGUGCUUCCGCGAGCUGGGCGACGUGGUGAAGCUCUGGAUCACCAUCAACGAGCCCAACCGGCUGAGCGACGUCUACAACCGCAGCGGCAACGACACCUACCGGGCGGCCCACCACCUGCUGCUGGCGCACGCGCUGGCCUGGCGCCUGUACGACCGGCAGUACCGGCCGGCGCAGCGCGGCGCCGUGUCGCUGGCGCUGCACGCGGACUGGGCGGAGCCCGCCAACCCCUACGCCGCCUCGCAUCGGCGGGCGGCCGAGCGCUUCCUGCAGUUCGAGAUCGCCUGGUUCGCGGACCCGCUCUUCAAGAGCGGGGACUACCCGCCGGCCAUGAGGGAGUACCUCGCCGCCAAACGCGGGCGCGGGCGCUCCGGCUCCGCGCUACCCCGCUUCUCGGAGCACGAGCGCGGGCUGGUCCGCGGCGCGGCCGACUUCUGCGCCCUGAACCACUUCACCACCCGGUUCGUGAUGCACGAGCCGCAGAGCGGCGGCCGCUACGACUCGGACCGGGACAUCCAGUUUCUGCAGGACUUCACCCGCCUGAGCUCCCCCGGCCGCCUGGCCGUGAUACCCUGGGGAGAGCGCAAGCUGCUCAGGUGGGUCCGGGAGAACUACGGCGACGUGGACGUGUACAUCACCGCCAACGGCAUCGACGACCAGGCUCUGGAAAAUGACCAGCUCCGAAAAUACUACGUGGAGAAGUACGUUCAGGAGGCUCUGAAAGCAUACCUGAUUGAUAAAGUCAAAAUCAAAGGCUAUUAUGCAUUCAAACUGACUGAAGAAAAAUCUAAACCCAGAUUUGGAUUCUUUUCAUCUGAUUUUAAAGCUAAGUCCUCAAUACAGUUUUACAACAAACUGAUCAGCAACAGCGGCUUCCCUUCUGAGAACGGCAGUCCUACGUGCACUGAGACUCAAAGAAACAAAGAGUGCACUGUCUGCUUAUUCCUUGUGCAGAGAAAACCGCUGAUAUUCUUGGGUUGCUGCUUCUUCUCCACCCUGGUUCUUUUAUCAAUUACCAUUUUUCAUAAGCAAAAAAGAAAAUUUUGGAAAGCAAAGAACUUACAACACAUACCAUUAAAGAAAGGCCGCAAGAGAGUUCUUAGCUAAACCGGUCUUAUUUUUGUCUGCAUGACAGUUUAAAAAUUCACUCCAGUUCGCUAUACUGGUAACUCACAGGAGAUAUACCUGUAUUGUAGAGACAGUUUGAGAGAGAGUGGUAACCAAAGUGAUGACAAUCCAUGUCUCUGCUGUGUGGUUUAAACGAAUUUUCCCUCAGGUGUUGACACCAGUGAAUCCAUUGCUUCUUGAAGUUUGAUGAGCUGUUUUCCAUCAUCUUCUCUAGCUUUGUCUAAA